AUGAAAGAGAAUAUAACAAAAACGUCGAAGCAUAGCGAAGAUGGCGUUUGUUAUAUUCCUCAAACAAUAGAAAAGGAAAAUAACAAAUUUUUAUGUAAAAGAUGUAAUAAAGAUUUUCUUGAAAAUUUACCUGAUAAUGACCCAAGAAAAAAAGAAUAUUUACAAUCAUCAGAAUACCAAAGAUAUAUAGUUAAAUGUAUUCUUUGUAGAAAGGAUCAUCAACAUCACCUUUUUUUAGAAGGAGCAGGGAAUUUUUGUUGCAAAGAACAUCAAAUUGCAUAUUUAGUAUCUAAAGAUAUUGAAAAUAAAAAUAAAUUUUUAUGGACUCAAAUAAUUCAUAGAACAGAUUUAACUAAAACUAGAAUGUCAGCAUAUGCUAUAAAUCAAACAGCAAUUUUAAGAAUUGUUUUA